CGCCAAGGCGAAGGAGAUCGCCGAUCUGAAGAAGCAGCUUGCAGCUGGGUCCACCGCCGACUUCCUCUUCCCCAUGAAGGGACUUUCCUCCGCGAACCACAGGCAGUAGCAGCUGGAAAGAAAGAAAAUCUGGUCGCCGCGACAUGUCAAGGUCGGAGCCCCGACGACGCGAAGAAGAAGUUGUCACUGCAGUUGCUGCUGUCACGUCGCCACCCUCCCGUUCUGUCGCCGACCUCUGAAAAAGGUGGACUACUCAAGUACAAGUAGUGGUCUCGGCAAAUCAAAAAGGGGGAAUAGUCAAAUCAAUUUCUCUCUCCGUCAGAAGAAAAGACAGGUGCAGUUCUCAAUGUGGCCACUUGCCCACAAAAAAAAAAAAAAAAAAAAAAAAGGUGAAAAUGGAGCAAAAUGCGCCGGACAUUAUGCUAAGCGCUGCUGUUCUCAAUGUGGGCCCGCCGCUCAUCAGCCUCCCACCAGCCCAUCUCCACAGGCGCAUCCCCCGCCUCUUAAGCCCGCUCCACACCUCCACUCGCGGCCCAGACUCGCGUGCAAGUCUACAGCCCACCUUACCCCAUCUGGGCCCACACACAGCUCGCGCCCCGCCAGGUCAGGGCUCCACUCCGCGGCGGAUCAAUUAAGCCCACCACUUGAUGCGGACUCAACCGCCGCCGCCCCACAAGACGCGCAACAUGGGCCGUCGCGUCCUCAAGCCCGCGUGACAACCCGCCAUACCACA